GUUAAAGGAGCUGCCUGUUUUUCUUGUGUGCUGCCAGGAGACCUUGUUCCCUUACAUCAAAGACAACGUGAAGGAGUAUCUGCGCGCUCACUGGGAGGAGGAGGAGUGCCAGCGGGACGUUGGACUUCUGAGGAAACAGGCUCAGGAGGACUCCAGCUUGGAUGGGGUUGUGCCGAUCCCUUUGGAGAGUGGAAGCGGGGAAGAGGAGCUGGAGCGGGUCAUCCAGGCGGUCGUAGACAAUGUGCACUGGCAGAUGUCUCUGGACAGGAAGACCACAGCACUGAAGCAGCUGCAGGGUCACAUGUGGAGGGCAGCCUAUGCAACCGGGCAUGUCAAAGGAGAAAUCUUCGAGGACGUGGUUCCAGCCAUCCGGAAGUGGCGGGAAGCGGGGAUGAAGGUCUAUAUCUACUCCUCGGGCAGCAUUGAAGCCCAGAAGCUUCUGUUCGGACACUCUACAGAAGGUGAUAUCCUAGAGCUCUUUGACGGCCACUUUGAUACCAAAAUAGGCCCCAAGGUAGAAAGUGAGAGCUACAGAAGGAUUGCUGCCAGUAUUGGGUGUGCCACCAACAACAUCCUCUUCCUGACAGAUGUCCCUCGAGAAGCCAACGCGGCCGAGGAAGCGGAUACUCAUGUGGCUGUGGUGAUCAGACCAGGCAACGCAGGACUGACGGACGAUGAGAAAUCGUAUUACAGCCUCAUCUCAUCUUUCACCGAACUUUUCCUGCCUUCCUCCACUUAGGGAAAGCGGUGCACGCACAAAAGACUGUGCUUCACCUGAAUUGUCCUUGUAUAACAUUAGGUAAUUUUGUCCAUAAUCAGAAUUUAAAACCAAACCCACAUCAUGUCUUGGACCCAUGACUAAUGCAGGCAGUUACGGAUGGGGAGUAUGGUGUGGGCUCCCUCAUGC